UUAACACCUCCCAAGAUAGUUGUCCACGUGUCACCUUUAACCGCGAAUAAAGCCCACGGCCCGCCAAAAAUAGCAACCCUAUUUAAACCCAGCCCUCCCCGCCAUCAAUUCUCGCCCGCCAAGCCCAGCCCAGCCCAGCCCACGCCGCAGCGAUCGCUGGAGGCCCCUCGCGCCGGCGAUCGCCAAUCCAAUGGCUUCCUCCCCCGCCGCGGCGUCGACGCUUGGCGCGCUUCCUCCCUCCCGGCAACGGCGGCGGCGUUGGCCGUGCGUCCUCAGCUUCUCGGCGGCGCGCGACCGCUUCCUCCGGCGCCGGUUCCUCUCCGCCGGCCUCCGCCCCUUCUCCGUUCGCCUCCCCUCUCCGGCCGGCACCAGCACCACCGUCCACGUCUGGGCCCCUCCCCACCCCGCGCGCCGCCCCGUCCUCCUCCUCCACGGCUUCGGCGCCUCCGCCACCUGGCAGUGGGGCCCAUACCUCCGCCACCUCCUCGCCGCCGGCCUCGACCCCAUCGUUCCGGACCUCCUCUUCUUCGGCGCCUCCUCCUCGACGCUCCCCGACCGCUCGGAUACCUUCCAGGCCAGGACCAUCAAGGCCGCCAUGGACGGGAUGGGCAUGCGGCGGUUCGCGGUGGUCGGCGUUAGCUACGGCGGCUUCGUGGGGUACCGGAUGGCGGCCAUGUACCCGGAGGCCGUGGAGCAGAUGGUGAUGGUGUCCGCGGGCGUGUGCCUGGAGGAGGGAGAUCUCGCCGCGGGCCUGUUCCCCGUCGUCGGCAUCGGGGAGGCGGCCGAGCUGCUCGUCCCGCAGCAGCCGGCUGACGUGCGCCGGCUCGUGAAGCUCACCUUCGUCCGCCCGCCACCCGUCAUGCCCUCCUGCUUCCUCAAAGACUAUAUCAACGUGAUGGGCUCAGAUCAUGUUCAGGAGAAGACCGAACUUUUGCAUGCUCUGAUCAACGAUAGGAAAUUAUCAGAUCUUCCAAAGAUAAGCCAGCCAACGUUGAUCAUUUGGGGGGAGCGGGAUCAAGUUUUUCCGAUGGAGCUGGCGCAUAGGUUGGAGAGGCAUCUUGGGGAUAAGUCUAGAUUAGUAGUUGUAAAGAACGCUGGGCAUGCGGCCAAUCUAGAGAAGUCCAAAGAGGUGUGCAAGAACAUCAUUGAAUAUUUCCGGGAACCGGUUUCAAACGCUUCAACCGGCGGAAAGGUUUGCACUGGCUGUUCAGGUUCCAAUUGAAACUACUACAUUUCAUAAGACCAUAAAAAAACAGGUUGUUCUCCUCGCCGUUCAGCGUGAUAGUUAUCCUUUUUCGUUCGUUAAGUUCAGAAGUUCCAUUUCAGUAGUUCAAUUGUAUUACUGCUCAUAUGAUCUCAAGAGUCAACAGACUGGAAUUUGAAAUGCGUAUUGACAAAUAGUUGGGUUUGUAAAAUCAUUAUCAAUCCUUUUCCAAUUAAAUCAGGAGGUGCAGCUGCAUUGAUGGCGGGAAGUUCUGAACUUGGACAUCUUGUGCUGGGCGUGCAAAAUUUUACGAUUUCUUUGCCUCUUCAACGACUGUUGUAAUUGUAACAUACUCUUUGUAAUUAUAUCGGCUGGAAAGGUCUCUUGUAAAUUGUCUGAGGUGACUGACGGACUUGGCUCUUGUUCAGAAUUCCUUUCUUUACCGGUAAAAUGCGGUUGGGGUUCUGUUUACCGUACAUGCUAAUGCCAAAAACCGACGCCUUCAAUUCUAUCGGUCGCAUCAUGUCGCGUAAUGUCU